CGCCUCGCUCCCAUCCUCAUGACAGACCCAGCCGAGAAGUUUCCUGCAGGAGAACCGUCCCCGAUGAGCGGACCCGGUUCCUGCGGGUCCGGUUCCGGCGGGUCCGUCCAGAGGACCAGCCGCCUGCUGCCCGGCUCGGUGCCGCCCGGGCUCCGGAGCAGAGCCCCGGUCCGGCUGCCGGCCCUGGGGGCCAAAGCUCCCCGCAGGCGGAGCAGCAAGACCCGCCUCAGCCUGAGUGAGCCGUCCCUCCUGUCCCCGGGUCAGGACCUCCGGUUGGACGGAUGUUCUGGGUCUUGUCUCUCCAGCUGUUUACAGAUGCAGCCUCCGCCUCCUCCAUCCUUCAGCAACCCCCCCACCCUGCUGCCCUGCAGGAACUGCGACCAGCAGCACAACCAGCAGCUCCAGAGCUGCAGCCGACCGAGAUACAUCCACUUCUCCCGGGCCAUGCAGCCCGCCGCCCGGCCCGCUACGAGGCGCCACUCACACAACCCAGAUGUGAGCGUGGAGAUGCUGCAGGGUGACUUCCGGCGCCGCAACUCCUCUUCCUGCCAGGGAGAGACUCUGUUUGUGGUGGGGAGGCCGUGUCUCCUGGGCGGCGGCCCGCGGCUCGCCGCCGCCGGGCCUGCGGGUCGAGCUCAGCUCCACGUCUUUCUGCCCAGCGAGGCCAAACCUGAGGAGGCGGACAGGGAGUCCGUGGAUGAAGGCUUCAUGGAUGAACUGGACUGCAGGAUCACAGCUCUGAAGCUGCAGCACAUCUUCACCAACAACUCCUAGAAAAAGUUAUUUCUACCUUGAUCUGACUAGAAUGCGCCAACCAGUUUGUGAACCUUGACCUCUGACCCCACCAGGAGUCUGACCAGACGAGUUUCAUUAUCAGACCUCAGAGCUUAAAUGGAGGGAUUAUUUUAUUCUUUAUGGUGUAAAAACUAUUGAAUAUUUCUAAUAACUGUCAGUGGCGCAACAAGUGGGUAUGAGCUUGAUAUGCUAUGUGGGCGCUGCACCACACCGGGCGCCAAACAACGGCGUAAAAAUGAUUUCUCGUCUGCAUUUUCUGUAUUAUGGUGUCUAUGGUGCGUUAUAUAACAGAGUCCCCCUGCAACACACAGCGGAAAGUCUAAGACUGUAUGUCAUUAUUAUCAUUAGUAUUAGUGUUCAUCUUGUUUUUUAUAUAUUUUAACAUUUUAAGAACUUUUUUGUGUGAACCUUCAUAUCCAUCUUUCUGUUGUGUUUUAAUUUCCCCUUUGCUUAACAAUAAAGGAUGUUUCUAUUCUAAAUGUCUAAAACAUCAGAGAAGUGAACAAUAUAAGAUUUUUGAACUAGAUACUCAACUAAUAAUAUCAGUUUAUCAUUUACUCUUGUGGUCUCAUAUUUAAAUGAACCUUCAAAGUUGUGUGAAGGAAGAAAAGCUGAAAUAAAAAAAAAUAUCCAGUCAUACUUUCAGAAAAUCAAAACAGAAGAAUCAGCUGCUGAUUUAAUGUGGGGCCAUUUUUAUUAUUGAUAUUUAACAAAAUUAAACAGACAGUAUUAACACUCAUUUUAUACUAACACUGAUAUUUAUAAAAGAACACUGAUUAUACUAACAAUAUUUUUAAAUAUGUAACUUCUUUCUUUUUUAAAUAUAUUUUUUUAUUAAACCAGAUAAAACCUCCUGGUUUUACCUGUUGUGUGUUUCUGGUUACACAGCAAGUUCAAAACAAUUACAAAGCAGUUUUAAAGCAAUAAUUAAUUAGUACAGUCACACUGUUUAAUAAAAUGCUCAAAAUAAUUUCAAUAAAUUACUUUCUAAAAAAAUAAGUAUUUUUAUUUUAAUAUUUGUUUAAUGCAUUAUCUUUAUAUGAUCAUUGUAUAUGUUGUGAUUGUUUAUUACAUG